AUGCCUCCUCCUCCACCGCCGCCGCCGCCUCCUCCUCCUGGGUUCGGCGGACCUCCUCCGCCUCCACCCCCUCCUCCACCUUCAGCGGCUGCUACUCCAGGCCGAGGCGCGCUACUCGCAGACAUCCACAAAGGCAGGGCGUUAAAAAAGACCGUCACCAAUGACCGCUCGGCACCUCAAGUCGGCAAAUCCUCGUCGGGAGGUGGUGGCGGACCUGGACCGUCUGCACUCGGCGCGCCUCCGAUCCCGGGUCUGCCGAAAGCCCCAGGCGGCCUAGCGCCCCCUGUCCCGGGGCUCCGGGCACGGAGUAAUAGUGAUCAGGGCGGAGGGAAGUCGGCGGUUGAGUCUAGCAGUGAUGCACCGCAGCAAUUGGCUGGUUUGUUCUCUGCUGGCAUGCCCAAGCUACGGAAGACGGGUGGAGGUGUUUCUACAGGAGCCGACCGAGACGCUUCGUAUCUAUCAGACUCAGGAACCCCCCCACGAUCCGCCCCAAAGCCCCCCGCUGCCGCUGCUCCGCCUGUGCCCGGUCGACCAGCACCGAACAGCGCACCGAGUUUCCCGAAGAAAGGUCCGCCCCCGCCGAUCGGCAAGAAACCACCGCCGCCUCCCCCAGGCUCGAGAAAACC